UAAUAUAAUGGAUCUCAUAAUAUUAUAAUUCGACGAGCGAGCGAGGAGGCCGUCCACUUGCUCCGCGCGGCUUUCAUAAGCGGCUCCUUCGGCGACCGCAACCUGGCUGACUAGGUACUGCGUCUUCUAGUAAGUAAACAUCCUGCUCGGCAGCUGCGCACGGAGAGCAGUCGAAAUAACUCGACCCCAAGUCGUUCAACAGUGAUAGCGGGCGCUCGGCGCUGGCGAGCCCACCACGCGGCGCAGUCUGUGCGAGGCGCCCGCGACGUCGCUCGCUCCUCCGUGCUCCGCCUGCUCCCUCGGCUCUGCGCCCGACUCCUCUCGUCGACAUCAUGCCCAGCGACGGCGCGGCGCGCGGCGGCGCGUGGCUGCGGCGCUGGUGGCGCGCGCUGCUCAGCGAGCUGCUGGCCACGGCGCUGCUGGUGCUGCUGGGCCUGGCGUCGCUGCUGCCGAAGGACGGCAAGCCGCCGCCGCUGGAGCAGCCCGCCUUCGCCUUCGGCGGCGUGGUGCUGCUGUGCGCGGAGGCGUUCGGGCCUCUGUCGGGCGCGCACAUGAACCCCGCGGUGACGCUGGCGGCGCUGCUGGCGGGCCGGCUGCGCGCGCCGGUCGCCGCCGCCUACGCGCUGGCGCAGCUGGCGGGCGCGCUGCUGGGCGCGGGCGCGCUGUGGCUGCUGGCGCCGGCCGCGCUGGCGGCGGGCGUCACGACGCCGGGCGCGCUGGGCGCGGGCGCGGCGGCGCUGCUGGAGGCGGCGCUGACGGGCGCCCUGGCGCUGCUGUGCUGCGCGCUGUGGGCGGCGCCGCCCGCGCCCGGCGCGUCGACCAAGCUGGGCCUGGCGGUGGCGGGCCUGGUGUUCGCGGGCGGCCCGCACACGGGGGCCAGCCUCAACCCGGCGCGCAGCUUCGCGCCCGCGCUGCUGAAGACUUCCUUCCAGGACCACUGGGUGUACUGGGCGGGCCCGCUGGGCGGCGCAGCGGCGGCGGCGCUGCUGCACCGCUUCGUGCUGCUGCCGCGCGCGCCCGCCGCCGCGCCCGAGGAGCUGCCGCUGCGCGACAAGCAGGCAGCGUGACGCGCUGCCUGCCGUUCGCGCUGCUCGUCGCCGAGCUGUUAGCUCGCUGCGCAAGGAUGCAACCGACUUGCUCGUACACACAGAUCAGACGCCAACAGACCGAGCUAGACCACACUUUGAAUAAAACCCGCGUAAUUUUAUUUGACAAUUCUGUACAAGUUUGCACUAUAUGCAGAUCAUGCACAUGCACUUUCAAUUUAAUAUUGGAUCGGUAAAUGAUUUGUGGUUUGAUAUACGGAUACCUACCUAUUUGAUUUUAAAUGUAUACUUAUUGUACUUAUUUGAUAUUUUGUUUGCGAAUUGCGAUGCCUACCUAACCUACACAUGUAGGUACAUAAGACACGUUUACAUAACAAUUAGACAGUAUGGACGUAAUUUACUGAUUUAUUAACUUAAUAUGACUGUGCGACGCAGCAGAAUGAAAACAGCCAUUGCCGCUCGCGCAGUUCUGCCACGGACUCCCGCACAAAAAACCUCGAACUAUGAUAGAUACAUCGUCAUCUAUGGGACUAAUUCAAACAAUGAUAUACAAAUUCAAGUGUCCCCGUUAUGGCAACGGCGAUUUAAAGAGCGCGGGGCGGCGCGGCUACAUUCAAGAGUAUGACAGGUGGCGCGUUUACGUUCUUGGGCUGAAUCUACACAGGGAUUAUUCUUUACAUGACUUUUACUGUAAGUAGAGGAACAGGAAAUAUGCGAUUCGUAUUUCCAGCCUCAAGACUCGUAGUACUCGGUUACUCGGUUAAAAUAAGAAAUAUAACAUUAGCUAGGUAUAUCUAUAUUUUAUUAUAAAAUACAAUUAUCGUGUUGAAUACCUACAGUUGCAUUUUUUCACUUUUCCUUUUUUUGUAACGGUUUCUGUAUAUAUUUGUAUUAAACCUUUGUUGUAAUGAUUGUA